AUGGAGAAGCUGCGGGAUGCACGGCUCUGCCCUCACUGCUCCAAGCUCUGCUGCUUCAGCUGCAUCAGGCGUUGGCUGACUGAACAAAGAGCUCAGUGCCCUCAUUGCAGAGCUCCACUGCAGCUACGAGAGCUCGUCAACUGUCGCUGGGCAGAGGAGGUCACACAGCAGCUUGAUACACUUCAACUGUGCAACCUCACAAAGCAUGAAGAGAAUGAAAAGGACAAGUGUGAAAAUCAUCAUGAAAAGCUCAGUGUGUUCUGCUGGACCUGCAAGAAGUGUAUCUGCCACCAGUGUGCACUUUGGGGAGGAAUGCAUGGAGGACACACUUUUAAGCCACUGGCAGAAAUCUACGAGCAACACGUCACAAAAGUGAACGAAGAAGUGGCAAAGCUUAGGAGAAGACUCAUGGAAUUGAUCAGUCUGGUGCAGGAAGUGGAGAGGAAUGUGGAGGCUGUUCGCAGCGCCAAGGACGAGCGCGUGCGCGAGAUCAGGAACGCGGUGGAGAUGAUGAUCGCUCGCUUGGACACUCAGCUCAAGAAUAAGCUGAUAACACUGAUGGGUCAAAAGACAUCACUGACUCAAGAAACUGAACUUCUGGAAACCCUGCUGCAAGAAGUAGAACAUCAGUUACGAUCCUGCAGUAAGAGUGAGCUGAUUUCCAAAAGCUCAGAGAUCCUGAUGAUGUUCCAGCAGGUCCAUAGAAAGCCUAUGGCCUCCUUUGUCACUACUCCUGUCCCCCCAGACUUCACAAGUGAACUGGUUCCAGCCUAUGACUCAACUACAUUUGUCUUGGAAAAUUUCAGCACGUUGCGUCAGCGAGCGGAUCCUGUUUACAGCCCACCCCUGCAGGUGUCAGGGCUCUGCUGGAGGCUGAAGGUUUAUCCGGAUGGCAAUGGAGUUGUACGUGGCUACUACCUGUCUGUGUUCCUGGAGCUGUCUGCAGGAUUGCCAGAGACAUCCAAGUAUGAGUACCGUGUGGAAAUGGUUCACCAAUCCACCAAUGACCCCACCAAAAACAUCAUUCGGGAGUUUGCCUCUGAUUUUGAGGUUGGAGAGUGUUGGGGCUACAACAGGUUCUUUCGUCUCGACCUGCUGGCGAACGAGGGCUACUUGAACCGGCAGAACGACACUGUGAUCCUCAGGUUCCAAGUGCGCUCCCCAACCUUCUUCCAGAAGUGCCGAGAUCAGCACUGGUACAUUGCUCAACUGGAAGCAGCUCAGACAAGUUACAUCCAACAAAUCAAUAACCUUAAAGAAAGACUUGCCAUUGAGCUGUCCCGGACUCAGAAAUCCCGAGGUGUUUCACCUCCAGACACUCAUCUCAGCCCCCAGAAUGAUGAUGGCUCUGAAACAAGAUCCAAGAAGUCUGGACAAAGCAUUGAAGCACUGCUUGAGAAUUUCACUGCUCCAGGAUUGGCACGAGAGAGCAAGGAAGAGGAGGAGGAGAAGACUCAGCACGAAGACUUUAACCACGAGCUCUCAGAUGGUGACUUGGAUAUAGACCUUGCUGGAGAGGAUGAGGUGAACCACCUCGAUGGCAGCAGCUCUUCAGCAAGUUCCACAGCAACUAGUAACACUGAAGAAAAUGAUAUUGAUGAAGAAACUAUGUCUGGUGAGAAUGAUGUGGAAUAUAGCAGUAACAUGGAGCUGGAAGAGGGAGAUCUCAUGGAGGAUGCAGCAGCUGCUGCUACUCCUGGAGCAUCAGGCACUAGCCACAGCUACACCAGUGCCAGUGGGAGACCUUCCCGGCGAGGAGCAAGUGCCCUGGGCUCCACAGCCAGUAGCAGUUUGCUGGAUAUAGAUCCCUUAAUUCUAAUCCACUUGUUGGAUCUAAAAGACAGGAAUGGUAUGGAAAACCUCUGGGGCCUUCAGCCACGUCCUCCUCCCUCUCUUCUUCAGAACAGAGCAUCAUCCUACUCCCUCAAGGACCGGGACCAGCGGCGACACCAGGCCAUGUGGCGUGUGCCACCUGACUUGAAGAUGCUGAAAAGACUUAAAACCCAAAUGGCUGAAGUUCGAAGCAAAAUGUCUGAUGUGAAGAACCAGCUCUCAGAAGUGAGGAGCAGCAGUUCUAGCUCAGGGGAUGGCCAGCCCAGUUUUUUCUCCAUUGAGCAGGGAGCUCUGGCUGCCUGUGGGACAGACAGCUGCAGCAAGCUGCAGGAAAUCGGAAUGGAACUACUGACAAAGUCCUCAGUUACCAGCUGUUACAUAAGGAAUUCUGCCAGUAAGAAAAGUAGCUCAGCCAAACCUCUUCGCUCCGGAGCCGCAGGGAGUCUGUCCCUGCGCAGAGCCAUGGACUGUGGGGACACCAACCUGCGUUUGAAGGGAGACAGUCAGAGCUCUGAAGGUGGCCUGGGGAGCUCCAAGCUGAGCGGUCGGCACCAGCCGCCGCGGGCCCUGGUGGGCAGCAGUGCUGCUGAGGCACUGCCCAAACCAGAGGAGAGACCUUGUGAGGGCUCAGAUUCUGACGUGGGAGUCUCUGGCUUGAGUGGCUUAGCUGCUGUGGAAAAGACCAGAAAAAUUGGUGCUCUAGGCUCCAACUCUAAAGGAUGUCGUACGGAAGGAGCACAGCCAGGUGGUGUGGAGAGCAGCUCUGAGCCUGGGGAGCUGCAGGGGAUGGUGUCUGAAGGCACUUCUGCAGGGCCAGAAGAAGCUGGAGCAUGUCAGAAACAUGUCCUUCAUCUCCUGCCAGGAAUGAGCAGUGACAGUGACAUUGAAUGUGACACGGAGAACGAGGAGCAGGAGGAAGCCACCUCACCCUCAGAGGUGUUUAACCAUGCCUUCUCUGUCCAGCCCUCGAGUGAAGAGCACUCCUCAGUGUUGCCAGGCAGCGACCAAGUUGGUUCUGAUGAUGUCAGCUUUGUUCCUGGAGACGACACCACCAGGUAA